GUUCCAGCCCUACUCUGAAAAUAUUUGAAUCUGACAGAAACAAACAACUUUCUUCAAAUUGCUAAGGAGCUCAAGUGAGCUGCGAGAUUCAAAGGAAAAUCUAAAAACUCAUUUUGACGACGCGGGGCACUUGCCAACUGAGUUCGCCAUGAAGAGAUUGUAUCAGUCAGUGAGGGAGGAAUACCCUGCCCCUACCCCCGGGAACGUCACAGGUACAAUCCCCGACUGGUUAGAUGGUAGCUUGUACAGAAAUGGCCCUGGUCUGUUCGAGGUGGGGAAUACUAAGUACAACCAUUGGUUUGAUGGCAUGGCUGUCCUCCAACGCUUCCACGUGACCAAACAGGAAGUGACGUACCAGCGUCGGUUCCUCCAGAGUGAGACGUACAAGAAAAACAUGGAGGCAAAACGGAUCGCGGUGACCGAGUUCGCGACUACCGCCUUCCCGGAUCCAACUAAAGGAUCUAUUGCGAGAGCGGUGUCGUUCGUAACGGAGACGGCAGAGCCGACGGACAACACCAACGUGAACAUCAACGUUCUUGGGGAACAGAUGUACACGUGCUCGGAGUCGAACAUGCUGCUUCGUAUAAAUCCCCAGACGUUGGAGACCGAAACCAGGGUAGUACUGACUGAUCAUAUCCCCAUCAACAUGACGGCUGCUCACUCCCACCGGGAUCCCGGGGGUGCACUGCACAGUAUUGGCUACCAGUUUGGAAAGGGGGCGCCCAAAUAUUGCCUCAUACGAACGCCAACAGUCUACAAUGAUCAGGGAGGCUACUCUCAGUCCAAAUUGGUGGCAUCUGUGACGGCGGAACACUCUAUGCACCCGUCAUACUUCCACAGCUUCGGGAUGACCGACAACUACUAUGUGUUUGUAGAACAACCGAUGUUGAUCAAUGUGUGGAAGAUUUUGGCAGCCAUGGUGAAGAAGAACCACAUGCUACAGUGCAUAAAGUGGAAUCCAGAACACACCGGCAAUCUGACUCGGUUCCACGUUAUCGACAAGCACUCUGGGAAGGAAGUCAACGCUGAAAUCCCGUAUGUCGCUGAUGCCUUUCUGGUGUUGCACCACAUCAACGCCUACGAGGAUCAAGGGCACCUGGUGGUCGAUGUUUGCGGCUUCCAUGUCGGUGACAUCCUCGACAAGUUCGAAAUGGAACUUCUCACCACUGACAAAGCAGAGGAGGUCAUCCAGAACCUGCCACGCCCUUACCCAUGGAGAUACGUCUUGCCUCUGGAAGUAGACAUAGACACAGAACCAGACAGCAACCUUGUGACUCUUCCUGACACUGAUGCCACGGCUGUGCUGAGGAAGAAGAAGGUAUUCUGCAAGUACCAAGCCCUGUCUGAACAAUCUAUGGACCUUCCGGUUAUCAACUACCCCAUGGUCAAUGGCAGGAAGUACCGCUUCGUGUACGGGACAGGGCUCCAGGCAGCGCCGGCCAAUAUGCCUGCAAUAUUCAAGCUUGAUAUCAACGAGAAGACGACCGUGAAAUGGUGUGAGGACGGAUGCUUCCCUUCCGAAGCCAUCUUUGUGCCGCGACCUUCACCUUCACGUGAAGAUGACGGGGUGUUGCUGUCGGUGGUGGGAACUGUGGGGGAGGAUCAGGAGGACUUCCUCCUCAUCCUGGAUGCAGGGACCCUGCAGGAGGUGGCCAGGGUGGUGUUCCCGGGGAUCCGGUUCCCCAGAGAUCAACAUGGCGUCUUCCGCGAGGGGCAGUAAGGGUGACUGUGUGAUCUGAGGAACAUGGUAUCUAUGGAGGUUUCAAAGGCAGAACAUUCAAUAUCCUCAUUGAUUCUUGGAAAUUAUAUCAUCAAAGGCACAACAGUUAAAAACUCAAUCGACUUUGGGGGGAUCACGUCAUCAAAGACAGAACAUUCAACAACCCCCGUGAAUCAACUGUGCCCUCCAUAUUGCAUCGUGUAGGAACAUGACCGGUGUUGUUCUUUUUAUGAUUGUGUGCGCUUGUAUGCUUAUGCAUCUGUCAAUGAAUUCUUAUAUUCAAGUAAUUUCAUAUAUUUCAUAUUUACAAAUGAAUGCUAUGCUUUACGCUGCAGUUUCACGUCAGUGUUUCGCGGUUUGAAGACACUAUGCCCUAAAAGUGACAUACACGUGCAGAUCCGGGUUAGAAUUGGUCUACAGUAACCCAUGCUUGUCACAAGAGGCGACUAACGGGAUCGGGUGGUCAGCCUUGGUCGACACAUGUCAUCGUAUCCCAAUUGUGUAGAUCGAUGCUCAUGAGGUUGAUCACUGGAUUGUCUAGUCCAAACAGACCUCUGCCACAUGGCUUGAAUAUUGUUGAGUAUGGCGUUAAAUAUCAAACAAAACAAAUGGUGGCAUCACAAAUAGGGGUGAUUGCAUUACGUGACGGUGCAACACAGAACACCGUGACCCCCACCACCCUAGACUAACAUCUUGUCUCUGAAAUAAACAUGUUUUACAGAAAAA